AUUUCAGUGCGUCGGAGACGUUACUGAAUCUGACUUCACAACUUUAGUUGCGUGUUUGGACAGUUGAAAACACGCUUUCUUUCUCUCUUAACAUUAUUUUUGCAAUUGGACGUUAUGGCGUUGCACAAAGGAUUUUCCGUGCUGAACAGAGUUUUCACGCCAAACAAAUGUUGCACACGACUGUUUGGAAAUGGGACCAACACGUUGUACCAGAGCGGUCCUCCUCACGCCAAAUUCUUUCCAGUGUGUGACGGUGUAAUGCUUCUCCCAGGAACUUUCAAAAACAAGGUGGCCUUCAUCACCGGUGGAGGAACUGGUCUCGGAAAAGCCAUGACCACUACUUUGUCUUCACUGGGAGCAGAAUGUGUGAUAGCCAGCAGGAGUCUUGACGUUUUAAAGAAAACCGCUGAUGAAAUCUCACAGCAGACAGGAAACAAGGUCCAUGCCAUCCGGUGUAAUGUUAGAGACCCUGCGUCAGUGGAGGCUGCUGUUGACCAGCUCGUUAAAGAUGUCGGUCUGCCAGAUGUGGUCAUAAACAACGCUGCUGGAAACUUCAUUUCUCCUUCAGAGAAACUGUCUCCUAAUGCCUGGAGGACCAUCACUGAAAUAGUGCUGAACGGCAAUGCCUACGUCACUCUAGACAUCGGGAAACGCCUCAUCAAAGCCGAGAAAGGUGCUGCUUUUCUGUCCAUCACCACAAUCUAUGCUGAAAGUGGCUCAGGAUUUGUUGUGCCGAGUGCUGCAGCUAAAUCUGGAGUGGAGAAACUGUGCACGUCUCUGGCAGCAGAGUGGAGCAGAUAUGGCAUGAGAUUCAACGUUAUUCAACCCGGACCAGUCAAAACCAAGGGUGCUUUUAGCAGACUGGAUCCGGCUGGUUUGUUUGAGAAGGGGAUGUUGGACCGGGUCGCUGUGGGUCGUUUGGGCACUCCUGAAGAGAUCGCCAAUCUUGCCGCCUACCUCUGCAGUGAUUACGCCAGCUGGGUAUCAGGCGCGAUCAUUCGAAUGGAUGGCGGUGAAUAUGUGUCCAUGGCUGGCGAGUUUAAUGACCUAAAGCAGGUCACAAAGGAGCAAUGGGACAUGAUGGAAGCAAUGAUCAGAAACACAAAGGGAUCGUAAACUACUGAAACCACAUUAACUCUGCACUAAUGACAGUACCAAUCUCAGUCUCUCAGAUGUGUUCAGUGUUCUGAAAUACUAAUUGACACUUCGGUUGUUCUGGUACAUACAAAUCUUUCCCUCUCAUGCAUUGCUGCCUUAAAUAUCCACAGUAACAGUGGUUAUUCAACAUGUAGUUUGAUUUUAUUUUUUAGCCCUACAUACUGCAUGUGUGUGCUAAGGAUAAUGGUUUGCAGUAUUGAUGGAUCAAUACUGGCCCUGUUUAGCCAGUUUUUCUAUCCAAGACAUUUUCAGCAGCCUUAUAAUGUAAUGAUAAAAUAAAAAUUAUGGGUGUACAGUG